AUGGCCCUGGUCUCGAAGCAGUUUUACGCGCUAGUCAAGACACCCCAUGCUUGGAAAAUAGCCUUCCAGAGACUGUAUUCCAACAAGUCUCUUGCUGGAGAUGAUGACUUUGACCCUAUCUGGGACGACCAGGGGAAUGAUGCCACCCCAGUAAGUGAAUACAUCCUGCGAAGCCAGCUUUUGCGCGGCCUCGCAAAUGGCAGGCCUUCUGCAGCCGUAGACCGGUCUGGCCGCCUCGUCAAGAGAUUCAACGCCAUCUUAACGUACGACUCGCGGAUUCCGUGCGUUGUCACCAAUGUAUAUGCCGAUUUCACGAGCCAAAAGUCACCUCCCAAGGUGAUUCAUGGCGGUGCGGACCUUGGAAUGGGCUCCAUGAGCAACCCUUUGACAGGCAAAAUCGAGAAAUGGGGUAUCUCUGACGUUCAUACACUUGCACAGGUCGAGGAUUUGUUCCCAAACCUGCCCAUGUAUGGCAUUGCCGAAGGACCAGCCUCCGGACCCAAUGUCAUGGAUGUAAGCCCUACUUUUGGCUUCAUUGUUGGCGAGGGCUUUCCAGGAGGCUUUGCUGAUGUACCCGUAUCCUCGCCGGAUGAAGCACUCUCCAGUGUCUGGAUCUCAAAGUACAACAACGUCCCGAUGCUGACCCACACCAUGGUUGGUAUGAUGACGGGAUCUACCACCGGCAUUGUUACCUCGUACGCUUUGGGCCGUGAGACCGGCCGUCGCAGAUUCCAGGAUGGAGACAUGGCUUGCCGGUGGGCAUUGAGUCCGGGCGUGCCGAUUAUUUCUCUCAAAGUUGACGAAGGCUAUUCCUUCGCCCGGCGAGCAGCCGGCAGGGUGUGGGCGGUCGCCCUCAACGCCCUCGGGGAAGUUUUUACCUCAAGGAUGUCCCUGAGUCAACGGUUGGAGGUUGACUUUGCUGCCGACGACGGCCAAGGGGCCGGUGAGGCCAUCUUUGUCAUCGAUUGUGGUUACGCGAGCACUCAACCCGCCCGUAUCCAGCGUUAUACGAGGAACAUCCCCAACGGCAUUCCGCAGAGUACCGGCAAGUCCUCGGCGAAAGCUAGGCGAGCUGGCCCUGAUGGCUGGGCCGUGACAUCCGCCUCACUUCGUGGGGAUAACAUGCUCAAGAUCACUGCGUCUGCACUUGACACAUCACACUGCGCCCUCACGACAUUGCCCGAGGACCCCCUUGUCUCGGCUAGUACUGGCGGAAACCAUGUUGAGAUCCCAGGUGACCGCGGCCGUUUCCUUGCCGUGGGUACCGAUAGGGGCACGGUGAUGCUCUGGAAUGGCCGGGACCCGAGCACCUCGAGUCUCUCGCUUGUCAAGCUCAUCCAUACCGAAUCGCCCGAAGUCUCCUCCCUAGCUCUAAGUGCUCUUUAUCUCGUCCACGGUGGAAGCGACGGACUUGUCCAAGCUUGGGACCCAUUGUCCGCCAACAAGGCUCCGAUCCGAACUAUCAACACCCGAUCCGGAAAUCGUGUCCCUCGACACCUGGCGCACAUCAAUCCCGCGCUCAGAAACCCGCAAAAUAGCCAGUACUCAGCAGCAACCUCGAUCUGCCUCCACCCGGACCCGACCAAGCUGUGCGGUGUAGUUGCCUUUGGCGCCUUCAUCCGAUCCUGGUCCUACGGCUCCGCCGCGCAGUCAUCAAGCCGAAAACGGGCAAAAGCCGGGCUGAAGACGUGUGAACUCGAGGACGGAGAACAGGCUUCGAAGCGGGAGCAGUGGCUCAAGGCCAAGUUUGGACCCGGCGACCUGGGCGACUUGACCGAAGAAGAAGCCGUCUUGUACGCGCUCAUGAUGUCGGAAGAAUCCUUUGUCGAGGAGGAGUUUCGUCGCGUUACAAGUGAUACAGGGUCUUACACAGGUGAAGGCCCCGACAGUCCGUCUUCCUCGUUCAGCACUGCAGCAGGCAAUCCAAGUGAACUUGACCUGAGCAUCCUCGCGGCAGAAGGGUCAGCUUCGGUCACUUCGGAAGAUUUCUCAGCCGACUUUUACCAGAGCGGCGAUCCUUUUAUUGAGGACUACUUUGGAUCCGGCUCCCCGAGUGCUAGCAGCAGUCCUGGCCAGUUUGGAUUCCCAAUCACCUUCAAGAAGAAGGGCAAGAAAUCGAAGAAACCAUCACCCGGAAGUAGGAGCGGGUCCCCGCCUUGA